UUAAUUCAUCAAACCAAAUCAAGGUCUCAUUCUUUCAGUCGCAUAAUCAUGGCGAGCAGUUUGUGGAAACAAAUUUUCGACAGUUUCAUUGCAGGCUGGGUGUGGUUGUUGGGAUGGAUUUUGGGAACACCCUCCACAUAUGCCCCCAGCACUAUCAAAUACGUGCAAAGUGCUUCCAGUGCUCUGACUGGGGAGGAGUUGGAGGCUGUGAAAGAUUCUUGGGCGCUAGUAAAAAAGGACGUUAAGACACAUUCCAUCAAUCUCUUCCUUCACUUCUUUUCGCUGUACCCGCAAUAUCAAAGCAAAUUCCCUGCUUUCAGGGACGUCAAGAAAGCUGAACUGACUACGAAUAGGGCCUUCAAGGCACACGCUUUCACUGUGGCUACAGCGUUAUCCGGAUUUGUAGAUCAUCUUGAGGAUUCCGAAGUUUUAGGCGAACUUUUAUUCAAAACUGGAGUAAACCACAAGGGAAGAGGAUUGGGCUUGAAUGAUUUUAAAAACCUCAACAAUGCCAUACUGGAUUAUUUUUCAAUCGCUUUAGGAAAAUUAUUUACCCCGGUUGUUAUGCGUGGCUGGACUAAAACACUAAACGUGGUACUUGGGAAAGUUGGAGAAGGCCUGAACAGUGUAGAAGACUAGUUUAGUUUAGUUAAAUUAUGAAGAAAGCAUAUCUUUUCAGUUUUUAUUCAACAUGUACGUACAUUUGUAUGCAUAUCUACACUAGCAUUUUUCAAGAGAGACUCGGCGAACAAUUGUUUACUUUAAAGAAAUAUCAUUAUGUGUAUUCAUGUCUGACCUAAAAAUUAGUGGGUAUAUAAUCUCUUGCUUUUCAAUCUAUAUUAUAAGCUGGAAAUGUUUGUCUGCAACGGAAGUGAAAGUAAUUUUCCGAAACGGAAGUCGAAACAGUCAUUUCCAGCUAAUUACAUAUGUAAAUACCAUAAAAAAUUAAUUAUGUGGAAUUAUGAACAAUCCCACCCAAAUUCCAUGAUAAUAAAAAUUAAGCCCGGCGGGAGACGGGCUUAAACGCUAGUGUACAAUAUUACUGUAAUAAGAUCGAAAUCUGAAUCGUGUAAAAAGU